AUGGAAUCCUUCCCAGCCAGUUCCAUCCCCUCAGGCCUCAUUGCAAGUGUCGCAAGUACCAAUCCAAGCAUCACAGCCCAUAUUGCACCCUGCUGCUCUUGUUUCUCCAACCCCUCCCAAUCCUGCAUGUGCUGGAUCCAAUGCCAAUUUCCGGGGUGCUGUGAAGGGAAAGUGUUGCAAGAAUGGUGCACCGACACCCUACACCAGAAAGAGCAAGCCAGCACCAAAGAUGAGCAUACCCGUAUCAUAAGUGGGGGAAUAGCUCACUACUACCAGUUGACCAAGCUCAAUAAGAAUACUGGAAUUUGCAGUCACAUGCUUCCAGUCAACAUUGAUUCACCAAACUUGUAUGAAGAUCUUCAACAGCGUCUAUGGGAUUUGUUAUGGCCCAAGCUCUUGAUACACAUCUCUUUGAGCCAUAACCAAAAUGUGCUUGACCUUUCAACCCUCUCACUACUGGUGAAAGACCCCACCAAGGAACUUCCAACUAGUAUCAAUACCAGUACUUCAGCCUCAAGAUCUAAUCGGAUCACUUGUACACGUGCAACUCCCCAUAAUCCAAAAGAUCUAGCCAGCAAUGACACAUGGGCACUAGGUGGUACUGGAGGAACUAUCCUAGCCCUUGGAGAUGCAAGCCUAUCCACCCGCUUGAAUAACCUUGGAAAACCCCUCUCAGCAUCCAUCAACAUCAACCCCAAGGGUUGGGUUCUUGCCCAAAGGUUGAAGUUCAACAGUAGUGAUAGUGAUUAUGUAAGGAGUCAGGCGUCCCAUGUCUACCAGUACUUUCAUGCAACUAUGUUUCCAAUCACAAACAACAUCUGA